AUGACAUUAGAAACAGCGAAACAAUUACUAGAGUUACAAGGAGUUUUUGGCAAUAGCAACAGUAAUAAUAUUACUAAUGAAAUUGCCAUAUCAGAUAUGCCCAAUAUUUAUUCUACCAUGUUUCUUAUUCAUUCUUCUAAUGAUUUCGGUUAUUGUAAUUUUAGAAAUAAAAUUAACUUAAACGGAAUUU